CAACUAUCUAUCUUACUGGUUUGAUAUUAGAACGGUAUACUGGUCGAUUCGAAAAUGUCAAACUCUCGAUCUAGAUCUAAAGCCUCACGGUCCAAGGCAUCCCAGCCGAAGUCCAGAGGCAAAACGCCAGUUGAUGAUGAAGGUGCUCCAAAUGACGAUGUUGAAACCAGUGGUAAAAUGCCUUCACCAAAGAAACCAUCUAUGGUCAUGAAAGUAGUAGAGGCCAUCAACGCCAUCAAGGACAAAAAGGGAACAUCUGCUCAGGCAAUUCAAAAAUACCUUGCCACUACCAGCAUGACCAACAUUCCGCCGGCACUGCUGAAAUGGCAUAUCAAGAAGGCUCUCACAAAAGGACUAAACGAGGGAAUUCUGGUUCGACCAAGAGGUUCGAAAACCUCUGGGGCCUCUGGCCGAUUCCAUGUCAGUGAUGCCAAGGCCGGAAAUGAAAGCGGGCGUCAACGAGGUGGAUGUAGUAGUGGUCGCUGUGGAAGACGUGCUCCACCUAGACGAUCAAAAGGCUGCACCAGGUGUAAACGUCAAAAACGGUCGAAGGGCUGUGGGUCGCGAUGUGGAAAACGAAGUGCAUCAAAAGGUAGAUCGAGUGGUUCGCGAUGUGGAUCGAAGAAGUGCCAGAGACGCUAAGCCUAGUUAGAGAAAGGACUAAAAGAAUGGAAAUAGCGGGGACGAAACUGGUGGUUGUUGUUGUUUCACAGCAUAGCCUGAAAACAUAUCACCUAUCAAAAACAUUUUUAAUAGCCAGGGAUCAAAGAAAUCAAAUGGAUCAAUGGCGAGGAAGAAGAGAACGGGGGGAAAAGGGAAUGUUGCAGGGACAUAUAUGUUGGUGGGGUGGGGAUUGUGUGUGGAUUGUUGGGGGUUUUGUUUGGGGAAGGGGGAUUGUUGUUGUUUUUGUUUGUUUUUUGGCUACCUGCUAUACAUUUCCCGGGUUUUUGUUAAAGAUGAAACAUAUUUUGUAUAAAGUGCUUGUGUAUGCGAAAUAAAAUGUUUAGUGUUUA